GGGGGGCAGUACUCACCAGCUCAAACACUACUCUCAAUCCAUCGAAUGCUCAUCAGGAGAACCACGACACCAACGGUCUCUCCAUCCGAAUCUCGAUAACACUGUCCCAAAGUCGCUCGCUCUGAUUUGAGGAACCAUUUCCUCGUCAACCCACACUCGCUUAGCAACCAGUCAUUCGCUUUGUCCUUUCUUCGGUCUUUUUUGCAAACUUAACCUCCCCACAAUACCGUCAAUCUGGCGUCCAUUACUUACGAACGUUUUCAAGUAAGUCCAAUUUACACAUCCUGACCUUGUUUUAGCCAUUGCCGAAGUGGUAUGCGAGGAAAGGGUCUUUCAGAACUUCAGGUUGAUUCAAAUACUGACACCAAUCUCAGUCCUUCGCAGACUUCCAAACUCCUCUCAUAGUCGACGACUCUUACGACCCUUCGGUCUACGUCGGAGAGCACUUUGCAAACCAAUUCCAGGACGGCCUUGGGGCCAAGCCUGGUCAGCUCUUCUCCAUGUCUGGCUAUGAGAAGAUGGGACAGCCAGGGGUCAUCGGUAUGUUUCUUGCCGAACGCGCAAUGCAGAACGUCCUGGCUAACUUUCCCUCAGACUUCCAGACCGCCUCUGCCGUGCCCAAUCCGAUGUUCUUCGGUUCUUAUCCUCAGACACCGUACGAUCAUCAUCCGCUUCUCCAGCCUGGACAUGCGCAAAGCGUAGACUUUUCUUAUGUUCCAGGCAAUGUCUACCAGGAGAGAAACUUUGAAGAACGCAAACCGACCUUCAUGGAAGCUCAAGAUCACAAGGCCUUCCACGUGCCACAUCAACGGGUUUCAUCAGCAAGCAGCGUCCCGCCAAAGUCCUUGAAGCGUAAGGUAUCGAGUCUUGAUGGAUAUGAUGCUGCCCCGGCACAAAAGAAAGCGGCACUCACUCAAUUCCAAGUGCAAGAUCCCAACGGCGACUAUUAUGAUCUUAGCGGCCGGACUUCGCCUUACUCGCCGUUCGUGCCGACUCCUACUGGCAGCACUGGUCUUCCAGCAUAUGCCGGUCAGAUGCCGUCACCAAGACCCUCUGGUCAUCAUUACUCGACUUCGACAGCGUCGGCGGUGUCACUGGCUGCACCAUCUCCACACACGCCAGCCUUUAGCCCAUCGUUCACCACGGUGAAGAGUGAGCAAAGUCCGGCAGCACCAAUGACACCAAUUCCCCGUCCACACACCACUUCCCCACUCAAAUCAUCGAUACCGAAGCUGGUUCGGACUUCUACCAUCCAACAGACCCCACCAGGAGUCUGUUCAACCAUGGCUAUGGCCCAACCUCAGAACUUCAACCCGUAUGCCAUUCAUCCCUUGAAAGCGAGCCUCAAACUCAAGGGCGAUCUUGACAGCAUGAAAGACAAUUGGACCAAGGACGAGAAAGAGACACGCCGACGCCUUGUCGAGUUCCGACGUAACCAAUCCAACAGCUGCAUUACCGCUGAGUUCGGUCCAGUCGCGCCUCAAGACCGUCAGCCCAGCAGCAUUUGCAUUUCCUGUAUUUGGUGGAAGGAGAGAAACGAGUUUUACGUUACCUCGGUUGACACCAUUUACCUGCUCGAAGCUCUGGUUGGUGUUAGGUUCACCGUCGAGGAGAAAAAUCGUAUUCGUCGCAACCUCGAGGGGUUCCGACCAAUGACAGUAUCCAAGGCCAAGACUGAGAGCGAGGAGUUCUUCAAGGUCAUCAUGGGCUUUCCUCACCCAAAGCCUCGCAACAUCGAAAAGGACGUCAAGGUGUUUCCAUGGAAGAUCCUUUCGACCGCCUUGAAGAAGAUCAUCUCCAAGUACUCUGCGAGCUAUUCGUCGACUGCUUCCUCACUUCUCACUCCAGUCUCUUCGGUGUUCUCCCACGGAGACAUGAUGUCGGAGUAUCAAUACGCAGCGUCGCCGCAUCAAGAGUAUAUCGCCAACACUGGUGCGCCAUACCAUGGCCACGGUGAAAUGACAUACUUUCAGCAGAUUCCGGGAGCGAUGCGUGGGCAGAUUUCGAUGCCGCAACCACCACCUGUUCCUGAGUUACAGCUUCAGAUGCCUGAGUAUGCUCCUGCAUAUGAUGCCAAUGGUCAGUACGUCUACCAGAUGGUACCACCUCCUCGCGGAACGAUGCCAAUGGUGACUCAACCCAUGACGGCACCAGUCAGCCGCAUGCCUUCGUGGGACUACACCAAUUUCGUCAAUGACAGUCCUGUCACCAUGGCACCACAGAGCGCGCCACCCACAGGUUACCCUCGAGGUCCCAUGGGAAUGGCCGAAUUUGUGCCUCUGCACCGCAAUUGAAACGUGCAACUGAACAAUUUUUACUUUCACCACUGUCCUUAGCAUCAUUAUUUGUGCAUAGCACGCGGGUUUUGGGAUAUACUUGCCACGGGGUUGGGCAAUUCCUGCAUACCAUGGGCGUUUGGGAAAACACAUGAGACGGCUGGAGGAAAUGAGUCAUGUACACAAAAAGCUUUGUACACCAAGAUGUUUAUGUUUGAGCGAUUUAUCCUGGUUUGGGAACGUCCAUCUUUGUGCAGAGAUUGUUGGUCGGACGGUUAUGGCUGUUCGACUGGCUGGAUUAAUUGGACUUGAAGGGAGGACGAAAAGCGUCAAAGGGAAACGUUUACUGGGUUUAUGUUCUGUAUAUGAUUGAUGAAAGCAUAGAGUCGAUAUGCCAGAC